GAUGUUAGACCGAAAUUUCCGUUUAAAUAUUACGGUAUUAACGUCUCUAAAUUUGAGAUUUUCCGUCAUGGCUAUAUAAGAGUAUUCGGAGAAGGAAACAUCGGAAAAAUAUAUAAUAGUCUUCACGUGGGUCCUUAUGGUGAAUAUGAUGUGGUAGAUAACAAUGAUUUCAUUGCUGUCAAAUGGUAUUAUGAGAUGUGGUUUUCCGGUACAAAAUAUAUAAUGAAGAUAACUAUUGUGAUACAUUCCGGUGGGAAGAUAUCCCUCUAUUAUGAGGAUAUCCCCACAGGACACAAGGAAAUUCCACAGAGCUCUACUAUAGAAGGUUUAAUUCAGUGUGGAGAUGUGAGAAAAGUUGAAAUAGUAACUCCUGGAGAAUGGAUAACAAGUGACACGUUAGUGGAGAUUGAACCUAUCGGAGAUGUGAGAGAACCUGAAAUAACAACUCCUGCAGAAUUGAUGACAAGUGACACGUCAGUGAAUCUUAAACCAAUCGAAGGUAGGUUAAACCUUAUUUAA